AUGUAUAUUUUUAUCUGUGUAACAGGGAAAGGAAACAGAGAUGAAGUACAGGACAGUGACAUUGUCUUGACAAAAAUGAAGCUCUUCAGCAACUUUCACGAGAGGCUACUGAAAGCCAACGACUCCGUGUUCGCCAUCUCCAGAGCAUCAGUUUCUGACCAGGACAUCUCGGACCUUACAAAGACCUCUGAGGGGAAUUUCCACCUAAAUGACCAGUGCAGACAGCCUCAGAUGGAGUCUGCCUCAAAUUACCUGUCUGACAUUUUCUCUAAGUCUCAGCUCCUGAAGUUUUACAAGUUUGAGUCAGAGGACUCCGGAGUGGAGCUGCCCAGUGGAGCUAACUCUCCUUCCACCCCAACUGGCUCUGAGCAGAGCUUUUUGGUCCACAGUCGAGAGUCCUCAUGCGACUCCUGCAACUCUGCCUCUACAACUUUUCCCAAUAAACUAGUCACAAAUUCACAGAGCUAUGAGACUAAGCAGGCGACAGAUUCAAUGGAUAAUAGUGUGACACCAGCAAACACUCAGAACAAUAUGUUCACAGACAGUCCUUCAGCUGUGACAGCUGAAAUAUACAUAGGUCAGAAUGUGAACCAGUGCAGAACUUUCAAAACCAAUCCUGAAGGAGAAAAGGAGAAAUCUGAACAGCUUGAAGAGACCAGUGCUGUAACUCAGUGGACCUGCUCAGAGGAUAUAAGGCCUGCGACACAAUCCUCAAUGAGAUCCUGUGAUGAUUUUGAGUCAAACCCUGUCGGGCCAAGUGCCACCAACGAAAGCCUAGAGGAGUAUAUGGAUGAAUGCUGCAUACUUAGUGAGCAAGCAAGUUCCAACCCUCUGUGUUCAGGCUUGGGUUACCUGAAGCACAUCUGCCAACUCAUUGAGAUGAUCGGCCAGUUGCAGGAAACCAACCUCCGGCUGCAGAGGAAGAUAUGCAGUCUGCAGAAGGACAACAGGAUGACAAAGACCAAAGAGGACUUUUUUCAGCAGCACUGCAGUUGUGGUGCAGCCAGUUUAGCCUUCCAGGACUUCCAGAAAAGAUGCUCUAAAAGUGAAUGUCUGUCACCCAGUGGAACCCUCUCUGACCUGUCCACCAUCCCAGAGGUCACGAGGCAUCCACUCAUAUCAGCUAAGAAAGGCAUGAGAAUUGAGGGUUUGACACCCAUCCCUCUGUGGAGAAGCCUGAGCCAUAGGAACUUCACUGAGGGGGAGGUCAGAUUACUUAGGGACAGCACCGAAAGGCUGUCCGUACAGCCCAAGCUGAGUGAAAAUUACACAAUGGGCCGAAUCAAAGACCUGCUGAGGAAGACUAAGUUCAGGAAUCAGAGCAGGCUAGAACGAACAUCCACUUCUAUGAAGAUGUCUUGCCCACAACUUUACAGGCCUGAUCUAGGACCAGUAGAACCUGCUGGCAGAAACAGGAACUCCAUGAUUGCCUUGGGCCACCACAGCAAGCUGGACUUUCCUUGGCUUCAGUAAGCAUCCAGAUCAGAUCCAGAUGAUCUCGUAUCGGGAAGAGUAUACAAUGAAGUUGGACACAGAUGACAGAAGACUGUAAAUGAGACGGUGAAAAGAAAAUGGGUAAUGAAGAAACUGAAGGAGCUAAAGAAGAGGAUUCUAGUAUAAUGGAUGGAAGAAUAAGCGGGUUUAUAUCAGACUUGUGUACUGUAUUUCAGUAUACAUGAAAAAAUAUGAUGUCAUGAAUUUAGGAUCAGGCAACUAUUACACUGUGACAAUAAUAGCUUUAAACAUUCUCUGUUGAUGCUAUUUACUGUUAUAUACUGUAGGUUUUCACUAGAAUGCUGUAAGUUCUAAUGUGAAACAAAUGCAUAUUUUAUAACUUUUUAUAUGAGAUGUUGUAAAUACACUAUCGUUCAAAAGUUUUGUGUCACCCAGACAAUUUCAUGUUUUCUAUGAAAACCCACACUUUUAUUCAUGUGCUAACAUAAUUGCACAAGGGUUUUCUAAUCAUCAAUUAGCCAUUCAACACCAUUAGCUAACACAACGUAGCAUUAGAAGACAGGAGGGAUGGUUGCUGGAAAUGGGCCUCUGUACCCCUAUGUAGAUAUUCCAUUAAAAAUCAGCCAUUUCCAGCUGGAAUAGAAUAGUUAUUUACCACAUUAACAAUGUCUAGACUGUAUUUCUGAUUCUUUUAAUGACAUUUUCAUUGAAAAAAAUGCUUUUCUUUCAAAAAUAAGGACAUUUCUAAGUGACCUUACCCUUUUGAACAGUAGUGUACGAUAUAGACAAAUGGCAGAUUGCUUAGUACAAUGUUUGAUGUGUGUUGAAUACUGUGAAUGAGGAGUAUGUGAGAUAAACCCUGCAGAGGUCCAUUGUGUAUAGCUCAUACAUGAUGUUAACAUUAGACCUACAGAUAAUUUGUCUGAUAAAAAAAAUGCAGCCUGACCGCAGACUGUUGCUUUUGUCUUAUAAACCAUUUCAAAAGUCUUAUCACCAUGGAUGAAAGUCUCUUCCAUAAAAUAGCACCUGGUCAUUGGCUUUUUAAAAUUUUCAGCCCAUAACCCUGAAAGGAUGUUACAGAGAAGCAUUACUCUCUUGAAUUUUAUGCCAUUAUUGAAUUAUUGUAAUCUGUUUAAUUGAGAAGCAGUGACACUUUAGAUUUUGUAUUGUGUCAACUUGAUGGGACAUGAGUUCUGACUUUUAGCAGAAACACAAUGAAAUCCCAAGAAAAAAAUGUCAUAACACUACAACAUUAUAUCACAAUUCCAGUUAAGUCUGAAAAUACUAAAGCAAUAUUUGUUGUUUUUUUAUUUGAAUAUCUUGAAAUACUUUAGAAUAUGCUAUACUGUACUCCAAAGAGGUAAAGUAUUUACUGUGUACUGUAUUAUAGUGUAUAUCAUUUAGGUUGGAGUAGUCUGUAAAAAAAUUAUGUUGAAUUUUGCAAGACAUCAUAAAUCAUAUGUAAUUUACAGCUG